UCCUCCUCCCCGCCUCGCGAGCGCAGUCCCGGAGCGUAGCGAGCGCAGCUGACCCAGCAGGCGCCAGCCGGCCGGCCUAGCGCCUCAGCGGAGACCGGUUUUGAGCAGCUACUUUGAUACAGUUCAUCUUUCCUACCAAAUCAGUUGCCUUACUGCUCAGACCACUGCAGUCUAACAUGGAAAAGACCGAGAUGAUCCAGAAAGCCAAGCUGGCUGAGCAGGCAGAGCGCUAUGAUGAUAUGGCAACCUGCAUGAAGGCAGUGACAGAGCAAGGUGCUGAAUUAUCCAAUGAGGAACGCAACCUUCUCUCUGUAGCCUAUAAGAAUGUUGUUGGGGGGCGGCGCUCUGCUUGGCGGGUGAUCUCCAGCAUUGAACAGAAAACUGAUGGCAACGAUAAGAAAAUGCAACUUGUCAAGGAUUAUCGAGAGAAAGUAGAAUCUGAGCUUAAGUCCAUCUGUACUACUGUUUUGGAACUGCUGGACAAGUACUUAAUAGCUAACGCAACUAAUCCAGAGAGCAAGGUCUUUUAUUUGAAGAUGAAAGGAGACUAUUUCCGUUAUCUUGCAGAAGUUGCAAGUGGAGAUGACAGGAAACAAACAAUAGAAAAUUCACAGGCAGCUUAUCAAGAAGCAUUUGACAUCAGCAAGAAAGAGAUGCAACCUACACAUCCAAUUCGUUUGGGUCUAGCGCUUAACUUUUCGGUGUUUUAUUAUGAGAUCCUCAACAAUCCAGAAUUGGCCUGCACAUUGGCCAAGACAGCUUUUGAUGAAGCCAUUGCUGAACUUGAUACACUGAAUGAAGACUCAUACAAAGAUAGCACACUCAUCAUGCAGUUGCUUAGAGACAACCUCACAUUAUGGACAUCAGACAGCGCAGGAGAAGAAUGUGAUGCUGCGGAAGGUGCAGAAAAUUAAGUUGAACCUGGAGUGUCAUUCUUCUCAAGAAAUCUUUUUACACGUCUCAUUCCUUAUAGCUCCACUUGGAUUUCCUAUAGCAAAGAGAACCCAUCCAUAUGUAUGGAAAUCAAUUUAUAGUCUUUUCACACUGCAGCUUUGGGAAAAAUCCAUUCCUUGAUUUGUGUUUGUCUUGGCCUUCCUGGUGUGCGGUUACUGCUGUAGAAAAGUAUUAAUACUGGCUUAAAUUUCAUAUAAACAUAAAUAAUUUCCAAACACUUAAGUAGCAGACUAAAGUUAUUUGGUAUUUUUUUAAAGAAAUCUGAACCAGGUCCUUCAAGCAAUUGUUUUGGUAUUACAGAAAAAACACAAAUAUUUGAGUAACGCAACUAAAAAGUUUUAUGCAGUACAAUUCUUCACAUUCCCUUUUUAUUCAGGGGUUACUUGGUUUGAUUUUUACAUGCUAUUGUUAAUUCCUUUCUGUAGGAUAUGGGAGUAUUGGGCUACAUAGAAAGCAUAGUAGUGUGGCUUCCUACAUAUGUGUACAGCAGGAGCUAUUGAGUGUUUAAAUACAGGGACUCUUCUUACUCUUCAGUUGCUGCUGUCCAAUUGCUAUCCCCUCCCAAUAAAAUAUCACACUCCUGCC